CGAUGCCAUCCGUUCAUCGUAUGCUGUGCAGCCGUGUAGGUUCUCUCUUGCUCUUCUUUACCAGCAUUGAUCGCGGGAUACGCCAGGGUGCAGACCUCUGGAGCCACGCAAAAGCAAUCUGACUCCGACAUCUCGUGAACGGCAAUUACUUACCUCGAACGUGGCACUCACUUACGACCGUAGCCAUGUCGGGCAAGCAGACUGCCUCGGGUGGCGCGGGGGUGGGACCCUCGCGGCGCUCAUGGGACGUGGAAGAAUUUACUGCCAAAGCCAGGGAGAGGGAUCGUGAAGAGAAGGAGCGGGCUGUCGAGAAUGAGGAGCGAAUGCGAAAAGGACUGAAACCGAACAAGCGAAAGAAGGAAGAGAUGCCAAAACCGACCAAGAUGCUCGAGGCGAGGGUGGAACCACUUGCGUUGGACAAGAAUCAAGGCAAGUCCAUGAUGGUCGAAGGCAAGAAGGGCCCGGGGUUUUACUGCGAGCUGUGCAAUCGCAUAUGCAAGGACAGCGGUCGCUAUCUCGAUCACAUCAACGGCCGAAUGCAUCUGCGAAUGAUGGGGAUGACGACGCAAGUUGUGAGGUCGUCACUAGAGGCCGUGCGUGCCAAGAUCGCGGCGCUUCGAGAAAGCAGGGCCAAUGGCAGCCAAGCGCGAUCCUACGAUUUUGAAGCGCGUCUGCGGCAAAUAGCAGAAGAGAAGCAGAAGGAAAAGGAGGAACGAAAAGCCAAGAAGAAAGCUGCGAAAGAAGAUGCCCGAAGGAAAGGGGCGGCGGAUGUGGCUAUGGAUAUGGAUCAAGAUGCCAUGGCCAUGUUGGGCUUUGGGGGUUUUGGAUCUACCAAGAAGCGGUAG